AUGCGGAAUCCUGAUAAAUUUAGAAACUUCUUGUCAAAUCAGGAAAACCCGCAAGAAUGGCGAGUCACUCCGGUUGGAUUUGACUCAAAGGGCAACACUUACUGGCUUUUUGAUGAAUCACCAAAAAAGGAAGUGCCAAAAAAACAAAAAACCAAAAUUAAAAAUACUCGACGCAGUCGUGCGAAACAUGUUUCCCCUGAAGUAAACGAGACCACUACCGAAUCAACAAAUUGGGAAACUUGGGAAGAAUUUCCAAAGCGAUUCGAAAAAUCAAGAAAUGUGCGGGAAAAAAAUUUUUAUAAGCUGUUCAUUGAAGACCUUUUGCCGAAGAUAUUGGCUGCAUUGCAGGAGAAGGAGAAAGAACGGAAGAAACUCGAUGCCCUGGCUAACAGGAAGCGUAGUUCAAGAAUUCAGAAAAGAGAACUCGAAAAACAAGAAGCUGAUCGUGCUGCUCAACUUAAAAAAGAUCAAGAUGAGCAGGAGGAAAAAGCUAGGCAAUUAGAAUUUGCAAGACUUAAAGCUGAGAAGGAUAGAGAAGCAAGAAGUCAAGCACGUGAGCGCCGUUCAAAAGAAAGAGAGCUACGGUUGCAAGCUAGGGAUGAUAAAUUAAAAAAAGAACAGGAAUUGGUGAUUGAACAACAGCGUGCCGUAAAAACCAAACGAAUUAAUGACAUACAAGAUCAUCCAACACCACCGGACACGACGCUUCAAGCUAAAAAUCAACAACUGGAAGAUUGGUAUUUCGAUUGUUUAUGUGGUGUUUCUGGCACAAACAUUGUAAAUUUUUCACAAAUUGAAUAUGUUUGCGCGAGAUGUUUACAGAGUCAGGCGAUACAAUCGAACACGCCUGCGAGUAAUAAUGAACAUGAUGAGAUUAUUGAUGUUGUUAAAAUUGAUUCCAAUGAUAUAAUUCCCUCAAUUCAACCAACCGAGAACGUUCUGCGAUUAGAUCAAACUGUGCAGGAAAUGAAUAUUGACCCGACUAGUGCUAAACGUCCUCGGCAUAAACAGGAAAAUCAAGAAAUUUCGGCUUUACCAAUAAAAGAACGAAAGAGACCUGUUAAGAACACGAAAAAAUCUUCUAAUACUAAUAUUGAAUAUGAAGGCAAAAAUAUCGGAAAUAACAUGAAAACGACAAAAAAAUCUACGAAAAGAGAUGGUACCGAGAGAGCAACAAAGAGAAGAAAAAAAGACUCUUUCAAUGGCGUUAAUUCAACAAAAGACAUAGGCGUAGCAACAAAUACCAUUCAGGAACAUAAUGAAGAUAAAGCAGAAGACACUUUGAUUUUACCACAUAAAAAAGAUAUCAUGAGUAUUAGUAAUUUAAUCGAAUAG